AGAUAUCCGAACUCACGACUGUUUUAGUCUCAUUCAAUCUAAGCGGCCUUCCCCAACUAUGGGGACCCCACAGUCUCAAAAUGAUAUAAGAAUUGAUAGUCUCACUUAUCUGCCACGACAACUUUAUCAUCUUCUACCUGCCACACCUUCCUUACUUCUAUAUAUGCAUGAAAAAAACAACUUAUCAACAGAGCCAAAUAGGUAUCUAAUCUCUGUCCGCCAUGUCCAUAGACAAGAAGCUCGACUCGGAUACUGUGACGCCUGAAGAAAGGGUCCAAAGCGAGCAUGUGGAACGCUCCGAGAACAAGACCAUGACCGACCUGGAGGCUGAUGAUAUCUUCGCCGAGAACUUGGCGUAUGGGCCAAACGGCAUCCGUGGGCUGAUUGGCAACUCAUACGUCUUCGGUGCCGCCUUCCUCGCCUCGCUGGGCGGCUUCUCCUUCGGCUACGACCAGGGCGUCAUCUCGAUUAUCAACGUUAUGGAACAGUUCCAAGACGCCUUCCCCCAGACGAAGACUGCGUUUGGCACUAGCCUCAUGACUGCCAUGCUGCUGCUCGGCGCUUUUAUAGGCUGCAUCUUCAUGCCGUACCUGGCUGACAGGAUCUCGCGUAAGUGGGCCCUGACCGUUGUGGUUAUUAUAUUCGACAUCGGCGCCAUCAUCCAGACCGCGGCUCAGAGCUACAGUGCCCUGGUUGUUGGAAGAGCUAUUGGAGGUAUUGGAGUUGGUACGCUUGCAAUGGGCGCGCCGCUAUACAUCUCUGAGAUCUCUCCGCCAAAUCUACGAGGAACACUUCUCGUGCUCGAGUCCAUCUCCAUUGUGUCUGGCGUCGUCAUUGCAUUCUGGAUCACCUACGGUACACGAUUCAUCUCCAGCGAAGUCUCGUUUAGGCUCCCCCUGGGAUUGCAAAUGCUCUGCGCCACAUUUCUAGGUGUUGCUAUCCACCUCUUCCCUUACUCGCCCCGAUGGCUCGCUCUCGUCGGCCGCAACGAAGAAUGCCUAACCAGUCUAUCAAAGCUGCGGCGUCUGCCCCCUUCCGACAGCCGCGUCCAAAAGGAGUUCAAGGGCAUCGUCGCCGAGGUCGAAUUCAAUAAGAUGGUCUUGGCACAAAGACACCCGGGAACUGGCUCUUUCAAGCUUGAGGUGCUCUCGUGGCUUGAUCUUUUCGACCGCAAGAUGUGGCGCAGAACCGUGGUGGGCUGCGGAGUCUGCUUCUUCCAGCAGUUUUCUGGCAUCAACGCUUUCAUCUACUACGCACCCACCCUUUUCCAAUCUAUAGGGCAGUCGCCCGAGAUGGCGCUUACUCUAUCGGGAGUCUUUAAUGUAUUGCAGCUUGUCGCUGUCGGAGUCUGCUUCGUUGUCAUCGAUAAGGUGGGACGAAGGCCACUUGCCAUCGUGGGAGGGUUUGGCUCCUGCAUCUGCUACGUCGUCAUUGCUGCUAUUGCUGGAGUCUACUCAAAGAACUGGUCAGCAAACCCGGCUGCUGGCUGGGCAGCAGUCGCCAUGGCCUUCUGCUUCAUUAUGGUUUAUGGCGUUUCCUACUCGCCCUUGGGGUGGAGCCUGCCCCCGGAGGUGUUCCCAAAUUCUAAGCGCGCGAAGGGUGUGGCUCUUUCUGUGUGCGUUAACUGGCUUUCCAACUUCACCGUUGGAAUCGCCACCCCUCCCAUGCUUGAAACUAUUGGUUACGGGACCUAUAUUUUUUUCGCCUUUUUCUGUGGUCUUUCCGGUCUCUGGGCGUUGCUUCUCGUCCCGGAGACAAAGGGCAAGACUCUAGAACAGAUGGACAUCAUGUUUGGGGAUAAAAGCGGGCAGGAAGAGAAGGAUUUCAUGAGGAUUGCAGCCGCUUCGGCUGAGCAGACCCUUAUGGGCCAGAUACAGCAUGUAUGAAGUUGCUAGGUCUAGACAGACAUUCGCUGUAUUCUUUAGGCUCACAAACAACUAUAUGUCAUAUAUAGCGGAUAGAGUUGAGUUAUCUGAGGGGUUUGAACUUUUGGCAGGCCAAGUUUUCUCUGUUACACAAUAUAGC